AGGUGCUCUUUCGAGUGAGCGAGAGUCCAUCGUUUACAAUCUUUCAUACAACACCCACGGUAAGUUUGGCUUCGAAACGAGAUCACGCACGUAAUUGCGCUAAGAUAAGAGUAGCCGCUACCCCCACACACUUGGCAGAAUAAGUUUUUCUGUAAUUUGCUGCCACGAUUCUCGUCAGACUGGAUUCAGUUUCACUACGGAAGGACUACACACUACUUCAAAUGAAAAUACCAAACUACAAAUUGAUUUACUCCAACGCAAGAGGCCGAGCAGAUCUCGCUCGACUAAUACUGCACUGCGCCGGAGUUCCGUUCGAAGAUAUCCACUGUGGACAUAGCGAUUGGCCGUCCAUCAAACAAGAUACGUCAUUCAGACAGGUGCCCAUUUUGGAAGUUGAUGGAGUCCAUUUAGAAUCUCAUCAAUCUAACGCCAUUGCCCGAUAUUUAGCCCGCCAGCACGGGCUGGCCGGACAGAAUCAAUGGGAGGAAACUAGGGCGGACAUGAUUGUUGACUGCAUGUGUUAUCUCCACGCAGGAAUGUGCCCCAUCACUCGGGAGAAAGAUCUGGAAAAGCAGCAAGAAUUAUUCGACGAAAUUAAUCAAGAGAUGAUCCAGCCUCACGCGGAAGUCAUCGAACAGUUAUUAAUCAACAACGGUAGCGGAUAUCUGGUCGGCAAUGCGAUAACAUGGGCUGACUUGGCGUAUUACGCUUAUUUUACUACCCCGAUCAUGGAACUCUUUGGCGGCCAAGUGCUGGAUGAUCAUCCGCAUUUAAGGCAAUUGAUGAAACACAUCGGCGACAUCCCGACCAUCAAAAAGUAUAUCGAAAAAAGGCUCCGAAAAAAACUAGAUUGAUCCA